UUCGAUGCUACAUACUCCUAUAUAUUCAUAGUUUCAUACACACAACUGUACCUUCACAUCACUUUGCUCUCUGUACUUAACCAUUCUUCCCAAUCCCCACAUUGGAUUAGCAUUUCAUCCUUUUAUAAAGACUCUUUUUUUUUUUUUACCAUUCUUCAAUCACAUCCUAAUUUCUUGGGUCAAUUUUCAAGAUUUGAUUGUUAAAAAAAAAAAAAAAAAAAAAAAAAAGUCAAGAAAACAACACUAUUAGAAUUUUCUUGUUCCAAGUAAUUAUCAAGAAAACUCUGUAUAAAUUUGUGGAUUUUCAUUGAAACAUACAUACAAACAAAAUUAUGGCUUUGUGUGCAUAUGCAUUUCCAGGGAUUUUGAACAGGACAGUAGUUUCAGAUCUUUCAAAGCAGAGUCCUUUUUUAUCUGAAUGGUUUAAUGGAACAGAUCUGCAGUUUCAGUUCCAACACAAGCUUACUCAGGUGAAGAAAAGGUCACGUGUGGUUCAGGCAUCAUUGUCAGAAUCAGGAGAAUACUACACACAGAGACCACCAACACCUAUUCUGGACACUAUCAACUAUCCCAUUCAUAUGAAAAAUCUUUCUCUAAAGGAACUUAAACAACUAGCAGAUGAAGUAAGAUCAGAUACAAUUUUCAAUGUAUCAAAGACUGGGGGUCACCUUGGUUCAAGUCUUGGUGUUGUUGAGCUUACAGUUGCUCUUCAUUAUGUCUUCAAUGCUCCCCAAGAUAGGAUCCUUUGGGAUGUUGGUCAUCAGUCUUAUCCUCACAAAAUCUUGACUGGUAGAAGGGAGAAGAUGUCAACAUUAAGACAGACAAAUGGACUUGCAGGAUUUACUAAGCGGUCGGAGAGUGAAUAUGAUUGCUUUGGCACUGGCCACAGUUCCACCACCAUCUCAGCAGGCCUAGGGAUGGCUGUUGGAAGAGAUCUAAAAGGAAGAAACAACAAUGUUAUAGCCGUAAUAGGUGAUGGUGCGAUGACAGCAGGUCAAGCGUAUGAAGCCAUGAAUAAUGCUGGUUACCUGGACUCUGACAUGAUUGUUAUUUUAAACGACAAUAGACAAGUUUCUUUACCUACUGCUACUCUGGAUGGGCCAGUUGCUCCUGUUGGAGCUCUAAGUAGUGCUUUGAGCAGAUUGCAAUCUAAUAGGCCUCUCAGAGAACUAAGAGAAGUCGCUAAGGGAGUUACUAAGCAGAUUGGUGGACCUAUGCAUGAGCUUGCUGCAAAAGUUGAUGAAUAUGCUCGUGGCAUGAUCAGUGGUUCUGGAUCAACAUUGUUUGAAGAACUUGGACUAUAUUAUAUCGGUCCUGUGGAUGGCCACAGCAUUGAUGACCUUAUUUCUAUUCUCAAGGAGGUUAGAAGUACUAAAACAACAGGUCCAGUACUGAUCCAUGUUGUCACCGAGAAAGGCCGAGGUUAUCCAUAUGCUGAGAGAGCUGCAGACAAGUAUCAUGGUGUAGCCAAGUUUGAUCCAGCAACAGGAAAGCAAUUCAAAGCCAGUGCCAAGACUCAGUCGUACACAACAUAUUUUGCAGAGGCUUUAAUUGCAGAAGCAGAAGCAGAUAAAGACAUUGUUGCAAUCCAUGCUGCCAUGGGGGGUGGGACUGGAAUGAACCUUUUCCUCCGUCGCUUCCCCACACGGUGUUUUGAUGUUGGAAUAGCAGAACAACAUGCAGUAACCUUUGCUGCUGGAUUGGCUUGUGAAGGCCUUAAACCUUUCUGUGCAAUUUAUUCAUCUUUCAUGCAGAGGGCUUAUGACCAGGUAGUGCAUGACGUUGAUUUGCAAAAGCUGCCAGUGAGGUUUGCCAUGGACAGAGCAGGUCUUGUUGGAGCAGAUGGUCCUACACAUUGUGGUGCAUUUGAUGUUACUUUCAUGGCAUGUCUUCCUAACAUGGUAGUAAUGGCUCCUUCUGAUGAGGCCGAGCUAUUUCACAUGGUAGCAACUGCUGCUGCCAUUGAUGACAGACCAAGUUGUUUCAGAUACCCAAGAGGAAAUGGGAUUGGUGUAGAGCUUCCCGUUGGAAACAAAGGAACUCCCCUUGAGGUUGGAAAAGGCAGGAUAUUGGUUGAAGGGGAGAGAGUGGCUUUAUUGGGAUAUGGCUCAGCUGUGCAGAGCUGUUUGGCUGCUGCUGCUGUGUUAGAAUCUCGUGGUUUACAAGUAACAGUUGCAGAUGCGCGUUUCUGCAAACCACUAGACCGUGCUCUCAUAAGGAGCCUCGCAAAAUCACACGAGGUACUGAUCACUGUUGAAGAAGGAUCAAUUGGAGGUUUUGGAUCGCAUGUUGUUCAGUUUAUGGCCUUAGAUGGGCUUCUUGAUGGCAAGUUGAAGUGGAGACCAAUAGUUCUUCCUGAUCGAUACAUUGACCAUGGAUCUCCUGCUGAUCAGUUGGCGGAAGCUGGCCUCACACCAUCUUCCAUUGCAGCAACAGUAUUUAACAUACUUGGACAAACCAGAGAAGCUCUAGAGAUCAUGACAUAAGAUGUAACAACUGUAGAAGAUUGUAUACUGUAAAAUCCGUCAUUGUAAAAUAGUUUUAGGACAAGUCACCAACUAGCUGAGACAGUUGUAAGCUGUUAGAACUCCCAAAAGCAGGUUGACACAUACUUAUUCUCCAAAUAUGUAAAGCUUCCAUGUCAUAACCUCAGUUCAAGCCCUCCUCUUAGUCUCCUAUAAGACUUACGAUUAACUCGUCGUAUGGUUUCUGAUUGUGUAGCUGGUGCCAGAUAUUUAGAUGCUAACUCUUGUUUAUAUUAAAGUGGUCUCGGUCCA